AUGGAAGCGCCGCCGCAGAGCCCGAUCGAGCAGUACUAUGAGAUCCAAGAGAUCGAAGAAAUCCCGAGAAAGAUCGAGCCUUCGAUGGCAGGAUGUGCGAGUAAAGACGUCGCCGAGAACGCGACGUACUUUGCCCGCUGUGACCUGCCGAAGUCGAAUCCGACCUCGACCGGCCGCGUCCGCGAGGAGACGCUCGACAACGGGACCGAGCUGAUCCUGUUUCUGCAGGAGGAAGAGCUAACUAAAUAUCGGCAACGAGAAGCGAUGACGGGUCGGCAGGUUAUCGAGCUGAGCGACAGCGACUGCAAGUUGGCCCUUCGCCGGCACCUCGAAAUGGCGGACACCGUCGAGAGGGGUGAGGCGUCGCGUAGCGGCCUGGACAUGGAGAUGCUGCGGAAGCUGCCGCCAGGCACGAUCGUCACGAAGCAGGAGCAAGCGAGCAAAGCCGACGACAACAGCGAUUACAAGGAGCAGACUGAGACCAGCAGCAGCGGCGGAAGCAGCUCGACUUCCGGUGACACGGCUGCCAAGGUGAAGCGGAUCCCACGAGCAGUCAGGAAUAAAACUCGCGAGACGGUGCAAGUGAGGCGAAAUCCCACGCGGGUGUCUAAGAAGGAUGUCGACAAGGACUUCCCGCGGCAGCCGAGGCAGCAACUGUUGGUGAACAGGCGGGAGGCCUGCGCGAAUUACGAAGCCGGCAAGCGCAAGAAAUCGUCCGCGACGCCUUACAUGAACACCAGAUCGGUCACCCGUAAGAUGUAUACCGUGGGUGCGACUUAUCAAGCGCCUACCAAGCGGGACGAGACCGAGUGGAAGGAGUGGCCCGUGCACGGGAUGCACGAGAGGCCGGUCUAUCAUCCUCAGGUCGGUCUGGCGGUGGAAUACCUGGGAAAAUGUUUCGUCAGUCUCGACGAGAAGUAUUGCGAGAUCGUGGACGACUCCGCGAUCGAGGUGGUGGCCAUCGAUCCGCGCUACGACCGACGGCCGGCCUCGGCUGAGAAGAAAACGGCGAAGGCAAGGAAGAACAAGCGAUCGUCGAACAGCCUGGUCACCUGGAACCCUUCCGCGUCGACGAAGGUGAACAGGUCUUUCGGCACAUGCAUGCACGGGAGCCUCCACUGCGUGUUGGGUUACUGCUCGCAAGUGAUGGCGCCGUCCGGCAGACAAGCGACGGAGGAGGAGCCGACGGUGAAGCGACCGGCGACGCCCGCGGCCAAGACCAGCGUCUCGGAGUCGACGAAAGAGAAGAUCAGCACGGAGAAGCCGGACAGGUUCGCCGAAGGGUCGAAGUUGUUGGAAGGCUACGCCAUCGCCAUGGCGCACAGUGUCCAGGGCAAGAGCACCGCGAGCGGUCGCGAUAGAGCCGGUGCUGUGGCCGUCGGCUCGUCGGCAUACGCGCCACCGGAGGCGCAGAGGCCGGUCGUGGAAGCGGACGGCUCGAAGACCGCUCCGUCGAACAGCAGGACGAACUUGCCGACGCUCCGAGGCUACCCGAACGCGCCUCUGGUCUUGCUGAGGAGCUCAGCCGCGAAGACCGGCGAGGUGUACAAGACGAAAGACGCGUUCAAGCCGGCUAAGGAACCGUCCGUCAACGAGGAGACGUUGUCGUCGAUCUACAAGCUGUUGACCGCGAACGAGGCAGCCGCCAAUCGCGAGGCGACGAGGAACAGCUUUUACACCUUGAAGCGGCAGCCCGCGAGCGACGACCGGAAGUACGUCCCGAAGAGGAGCGCUUCGAACGUCCAGCUGGAGAACUUGAGGAGCCUCCGGCUGGCGAAGGAGAGUGACGGGAUGGGGAGCGCCGACGUGAAGGUCAAGCCGGACGACAGGAUGUUGACGAGCGCUGCUCCCAACGUGAAGAAUCGCUCGUGGUGCACCAGCGAGCCGUCGGAGAUCGCCCGGAUCCUCUCGGAAUACAACCGGGGCGCGACGAGGAAACCAGCGAUACAGAUCUACGGCGGCGCGUCGAACAGCGCGAAGGACCUCGCAAGCCUCGCGACCUCCAGGCAUUCGGCCGGAGUGAGCUGCUUCUGGAGGGACACCACGGCGAAGGAGAACCGCGACGUCUCAGCGGACAGAAGCGUUGGCCUCAACAUCUCGUCGGGCAGAUGGAGGAAACCGUCGGUGCCGGGGAACACCGGUGACCAGCCGCAGCUCGCCGAGCACGAGCGAACAUUCAGCGGUUCCAGGGGACUCACGGCGUUGUCGGAGAGCUGCCACGGAGCUUCUUCGAGAGAACGGACGAAGCCGGGUAUCUCGGGCCAAGCGAGAGAGAUAGUCGGCGUGACGCGCAAGGACCUCGGCAGGCAGCCGCGAGAGACGCCCGUGAUCGACGCGAAGCAAGCGGUCUCGGGACGCACCGAAGACGAAGCGGAGGCGCGGAAAACGGAGGAGGAAUGUCUGCGGGAACUACUGGAGAAUACAGCGGUGCUGUACUGCGCCGCCAACGGCAUUCACCAGGACGAUCUGUCCAACUACAUCAACACCCUCGACGGCAGACAGAGCAUUCAGUGGCUGGAGACUUGGAAUAACUCGAUCGUCUAA